GAUAUUAGAAUCUUGCUCAAACAGUUGAUGACCGACACGUGGACACUGUACUAACGUUGUGAUUAUUCUUCGUUAUUUCAAAUGAUAUUUGCGUAUUUGGGAUUCUAGACAUAGUAACAAAAACAUCUAGUUUGAUUAACGAUAGUUGCUUUUCCUAAUCUCCAGUAGUCUUGGGAACAACGCUGUGGAUUUGUUGGGACCAUGUCAAGAUGACUGGCUACUGGUUAGAGAUUUAGUUGGUUCAUUCUACUGCGCUUCCCAAUUCAACCCACUGACUGAGAUGGCAAAUUUAUCAACUCACCAUGUGGUUUCCUCCACUGAAACAUGGAAUUCGAGAUUGAAAUUGAACUUCUCCACUCAGGAGUGUCAAAUGAACUAUAAUUUUUCCAAUAAUCAAACCAAGCAACAAAAUUCUCAAACAAAAGAUGAUUUUACUACUUCCGUUUUAAGCAGUGGGGAACUGUCUUCAAGUUCAACAGAAAGUCAAGUUAAGAAAAAAGAAAUUCAAGAGAGGAGAAGAAAAAAGAAAGAAAAGAAACGGGUUAGAGAAGAGAGAAGAAGAAAAAAAGAAGAAAAAAGGAAAAAAGAAGAAAGAAGAAGAAGGAAGGGCAACAUUAAAAAACAUGCAGAGAACUACAUUAAUCCACCUUCCCCGGCUUACAAACGAGUUAAACGUGCUUAUGCAUCUAAAAGAUUUGCCAGAAACGCAUAUGAUGACAGUAAAUUCAAGGAUAUUGCUACCUGGGUAGCUCUCAAGGCCACACGAACAAAAUUAAUUGAUGAUACUUGGGUAGCCCCUUCUUCCCCUAACUCCCAGAACGGCGAAGUUACCAAUGACUUGUACGAGGCCAUAUCUAGCGACGAAGAUUCUCUUCUAGACUUUACACCGACCCCUUCUGAAGCCAAUUUGACGCUUCCCUCCAAUGACCAAUCCGAGUCUGAAGUAGUGGCAUCUGUGAAGAAACUGUCCAGAGAGGAAUUAGAAAAGGUCGCCAUCAGACACAUUGAAAUGUGUGAGAAAUAUACGAAAACUGAGCUAGAACUGGACAUGUGUAAAGGAAGGGAAGAAACCUUUCAUAGUAUGAUUCUUGAAUUAAACCAAGAGGUGAUCAAACUAAAAUCCAUGAUUCCGCCAUCUAAGACGACUCGAUCUAUCGGUGUGCAAAUGCAAUUGCAAUCCUCGUCUGGACAGCAAAACAGUUCUUCAAUUCUCUAUCCCUUCCUGACUCGAAUAAAAAUCGAACAAGUUGAAGGAAACAGCGACAAGGAGUCCAUCGCAUUGAACGAAAUUUGUUCAAAUAACCUUCAUACCCACCCUUCAUUUUUUGGUAGCAGUGUCCUGCGUACGCCAGUAUCUUCAGUCAAUGGCAACCAAAUCCAUUCGGUUGUUAAACAAGAAAAAAGUUAGAACAUUAGUCGUAGCAAAAGUGUUUCAAGUGACAAGAAACGGGGAAAUCGUUGGGAAAGAGAUUCCCAUCCUCCUGUCAAUCAAUUUCAGCCGUGAUCAUCAAAUUAGCUCCAGUCCCAGCUGUAUUCGUUGAAAGCUCAUUCUAAGCUCAGUCUUUUUUAUUUUAAUACCUUUAGCCGGGCAAAGGUCGUUGGAAAAAGAAGGUCGUUAAAAAGUAAAUUAUUUCUCUAAGUAUUACUCUAAGUAUUUCUCUAAGUCUGUUGUUCAUGGAAUAAGGAGUCGGAAAAAGCCAGAAAAAUAAAUUUUCGUAAUUAGUUGAGAAGCACUUUUAAAAUCUUGGUAGGCCUAAUAUUUUUUAUUUUAACAAAAAAAGGAAAGAAACAGGAUAAGGAAACAGAAAAAAGUUUGUCCAAACCAGGUGUUAUGUCUGAUUCCCAAUAGAAAUUUCGGUUUGCAACUUUUUUUUUUUUUUUAAUUUAGUAAACUCGGUAAUACUACGUAUUGCAACUAAGCUGAUACCAAAUCUUGGCCCGAUUUUAAGUCUUCGCAAAAAAAAAAUUAAAUGUCCCAUCAUAAUAUUAAACUUAGCAGAUUGUUUCGUAUUGAUUGCCAAUAAUGUGUCUAAUCUUUUCUGUAAAAAUUUUUCUGUUAAUGGUUUUGGCUUAUUACGUUGUCCUGUCCAGUAAGUUUUAUAAGGAAUAAUACGAAUACAAUAACAUAUUCUAGA